AUGGCUACCCCCAGUGUCCUCGCUUUUGACGCUGAGGGUCGAGCCAUUGACUUUGAGGUCUGGGUCGACGACCUCAAGCUGUUUUUACAGUGCGAUAGGGCGGACGGUCCUUCUCUCUUUGACCUCACCUCUGGCGCCUCUCUUGCUCUUGCUGCUGAUGCUGACCCCACUGUUCGCUCUCAGUGGGCCACCCGCGAUGCUGCUGCACGUCUUGCUAUGCGUCGCCACCUCCCUACUACUGAGCGCGCGCACUUUAGUCAGUACAAGAGUGCUCAGACCUUGUACGACGCUGUAGUUGCGCGCUACUCUUCCCCUGCCACUGCUGCACUGAGCCUCAAGGACCACUUCCUCUCAGUCUGUCCCACCACUCUCACUAUCGACCUCCUCGAGAAGGCCCUCCUAGCGGCGGAGAAGAGCAUCGUUGCUGUAGGAGCCACUCGUGGCGACCCUCGCACCCCCAUCUUUGAGGGGUGUUCUCCUUCCCCCUUGCUGCCCUCUGUUGCCUCUGUUGCUGCUGCCGACCUGCUUGGUCUUGAGUCGGUCGGCGCGGCGUCUGCCCCUAGCGGGAGACGCCGCCCUGGCAAGGGCAAGGGGGGCAAGGGCGCGGGUGGAGCUGGAGGGGGCGGUGGAGGUGGCGGUGGAGGCGGCGGAGGGAGUGGGGGUGGCGGUGGGAGUAGUGGCAGGGGCGGUGGUGGUGGUGGCAGCAGCGGAGGAGGCGGCGGUGGCGGCGGCAGCGGUGGGAGUGGAGGCGGCGGUGGUGGCGGAGGUCGAGGCAGCGGUGGCGGAGGGGGUGGAGCUGGUCGGGGUGGUGCUCCGCAGUGGAGCGGCUCUGGUAGUGGUCAGCGCCAGCAGCAGCAGCAGCAGCAGCGUUCGCGGGACAUCCCCCCGCUCCAGCAGCUCCGUGAGUGGUACACGCAGCGUCAGAGGGGUGGGGGUUCUGGUCCGUGCACCUGCGUCCUUCGUUCCGGCGACCGCGCGAGUGAGCAGUGUGGGGGUGCCCACCCCACCCAGCGCUGCUUUGGCCGCCUGACGGACGCUUGGCGUCAGCAGUUCCCCGAGGCUAGUGAGAUUCCCCGCUGGGGAGAGCUGUUUAGGGCUGGUGUAGCUAUCUUUGAUCUUGACUUUGAUGCUAUCCUUGCUGCCAUGUAUGCUGUGACUAUUAGUGAGGAGGGUGACUGUUACCGGUGUUUCCCGCCCGACCCGGGCAUUGGUACUGCUGCGCUAGGUGCUUGUGAGACUGCUGCUCUAGGUGCCAGUGCGUCUGCGCUCUCAGGUACUGGUGAGGCUGCGCUCUCAGUCACGCCGCUUGGUCGGCCGGUUGCAGUCUCCCUGGCUGACCCCUCUGGGGGUCCUGUCCUCUCUCACUUCUCCACUGUCCUCCCGUGUCCGGCUGCCCCUUCAGGCACCCUAUCUGGUCUGUACCUCCCCUCGUUCUCGACGAACUUGGUAGCUGCGUCGGGUCAGGUGUUAGCUGCUGCGUCCUGGUCUGGUCCUGAGUCUGCCCCCUGCUCGUGUCGCCUCCUGUCUCACGAGACUCUCCUGUGGCACCACUGUCUUGGCCACCCCUCCUUGCCUCGUCUUCGGGGCAUGGCUUCCUAUGUCCUUGUCUCUGGUCUCCCCCAGUCUCUCCCUCCCCUUCCUUCGGGACCAAGACCUUCCUGUGUCCCCUGUGUCGAGGGGCGCCUCCGGGCUGCCCCUCACUCUUCCCAGUUUCCUCCGACAGAGGCUCCUCUGCAGACACUUCACAUGGACGUGUGGGGCCCGGCCCGCAUCCGUGGGCAGGGUCACGAGCGCUACUUCCUGCUGGUGGUUGACGACUACUCGCGUUACACCUUAGUCUUCCCUUUGCGCAGCAAGGGUGAUGUCACUGAGGUGCUGAUCGACUGGAUCCGCGAGGCUCGUCUCCAGCUCAGGAGGAGCUUCGGCUCAGACUUUCCUGUUCUGCGUCUGCAAUGUGACCGAGGUGGGGAGUUCUCCUCUGGCCUUCUGCGGGCCUACUAUCGUGCACGGGGCAUCCGCCAGACCUUUACGCUUCCGGACUCUCCACAGCAAAAUGGGAUUGCUGAGCGCCGCAUUGGCAUGGUCAUGGACGUUGCUCGUACGUCCAUGAUGCAUGCGGCUGCCCCCCAUUUUUUGUGGCCGUUUGCGGUUCGGUACGCGGCGCAUCAGCUCAACCUUCACCCCAGGGUCUCCCGGCCGAAGACCUCCCCAGCUCUACUGUGGACGGGGAAGGUCGGCGAUGCGUCUGCGUUCCGUGUCUGGGGAUCUCGGGCGUUUGUCCGCGACUUGUCUGCGGACAAGCUGUCCCCCCGUGCUGCUCCCUGUGUCUUCCUCGGCUUCCCCCCUGACGCCCCAGGGUGGCAGUUCUACCACCCCUCCUCUCAUCGUGUUCUGUCCUCCCAGGACGUCACGUUCGACGAGUCGGUCCCCUUCUACCGUCUCUUCCCCUACCGCACUCCUUCCCUCCCCCCACCGCCACACUUCCUUGUGCUAGGUACACGCGGCUGA